AAAACAGGAGCACAAAAAAAAAAAAAAAACGCUUCUCCCUUGUUCUUCCAAUUUUACUGCCCUGUAACUAUAUUGAUGGGUUCUUCUGAUCGUCAAGAUUGAGAAUUCCUUGUUUGGAUGUUGCAGCAGCAAUCUGAGAAGACGAACCCAUGCUAUCUUUGUCCCUUUGCAUUGCUUUUACAGCCGCCUGUCAUGAAUCUGCUUGGAUCUGAUUGAAAGCAUAGCAUUUGCCAGUAUUGUGGUGAAGAAAAUCUGAAGUUUGAAGGCGGAGAAAGGGAAUUAGAGAAAGGAAGUUGUCUUGGUGUAAAUGUUCUGGAGCCAAGAUGGUCUUGUAGACUUUGCCAGGGAACCAGGAUAGUUUGUACUGAGUAAUGACAAUGAUGAGUUCAACAUCCUCAUUGUCUUUCAAGGAUCGAUCAUUGUCUACCAGCAGUGAUGUUUCUGUUGAUAUGAAUUCACUUGAUCGGGGAAAUCAGGAGGAGGGCAAUUUAGACUGCUCUAAGGACUGUGUUGGUUAUGGGCUGAAUAUGCAACUUUCUAAGAAAAACAUGCAAGCCCCUAUAUCCGACCUGUUGCAUAGAAUGAGAAGCAGCAUCAAUGGAGACAUAGUGAGAGAUGUUGAAAUUAUGGAAAGGAAUAAUUCUCAUGAAAUUGGAGACGAUCUCACUGAAAAUAAUUCCAAAUCCUGCAAUGGGAAAAAUGAGAUUAUUCGGUCUUUGGUUGAUGAACUUGAUCUGCAAGAGUGGGAGGCUCCCGAACCUAACGACUCUUUGGAUGACGUGGAAGCUAGUUUUCCCCUUAAUGAUGAUGACGAUGAAGAUGAAUGUGACGAUGGCAUGAAAUGGGGUCAGCCUGGAUCGUUAACUUCAGAGGCCAGCAUAGGGAGCUACAGGUUGAAAGAAGAGAAGCAAAAAGCGAUGGAAGAAGUGAUAAAUGGAAAGUUUAAGGCUCUAGUUAAGCAGCUCCUAAAGACAGCAGGUGUUGACCCUAUGGGCAAUGAGAUUGAUAAUUGGGUAGAAAUAGUGACUUCCUUAUCAUGGGAAGCUGCCUCAGCUUUAAAGCCUGAUGCCAUCGAAGGGAAUGCUAUAGAUCCAGAUGGCUAUGUGAAAGUAAAGUGCAUUGCCACUGGUUAUCCUAAUGAAAGUCAAGUUUUCAAUGGAUUGGUCUUUAAGAAGCAUGCUGCGCACAAGCACAUGCCUACUGAGUACAAGAAACCAAGUUUGCUGCUGAUCAGGGGUGUGCUUGGGGAAUCUGAAAGUGGGCUGUCAUCAUUUAAAACAAUGGAUCAGGAUAAGGACCAUCUGAAAUCACUUAUAGAGUCAAUUGAAAUGUGUGAACCAAAUGUGGUUCUGGUAGAGAAAUCUGUUUCUCGUGAUAUCCAAGAGUCUAUCCUUGCAAAAGGAAUCACAUUAGUUUAUGACAUGAAGCUUCACCGCCUCGAAAGAAUUGCCCGCUGUACUGGUUCACCAAUCAUGUCAUCAGAUGCUUUGAUAGUAACUCAAAAGCUAAAGCAUUGCAAAUCCUUUCAUAUUGAAAAGUUUGUGGAGGAAUAUGCUGCUGUUGGUGAAGGUGAAAAGAAACCGAAGAAGACUCUGAUGUUCAUCGAGGAUUGUCCUACGCGUCUGGGCUGCACAAUUUUGUUGAAAGGGAGUCAUAGUGAUGAAUUGAAGAGGAUCAAGCAUGUGGUGCAGAUAGCCGUUAUCUGGGCAUAUCACAUGAUUCUCGAGACUUCAUUCCUUGUUGACCGGAAGGGAAUGUUCUCCACUUUCAUACCAUUUCCUGGAGCAGCAGCUGAGACUUCAAAUAUAAAUCAGCAGACUUCUCUGUUGGGGAUUGAGGUGGCCUCUGGUGAUUCUGUACCUCCUAGCAUUGAUAUUCCCAUUGCUAAUGGAGAUAAUGUAGUGGAAGGUUUUCGUGAUUCAAAUGUGGGAUCAGAACCAACUCCCAGAUUUCCUUACGUUCGCUACAACUCCCCUGCAAUAUUUACUGGGUUUUCCUCUCUUUCUGCCUCACUAAAGAGGGUAAUAGGUUCUGUUCCACCUUCAGACCCAUAUCAGUCACUUUUUAGUUAUCUUGGGUUCCAAAGAAAGGAAGAUGCUGGUCAGGUUACAGACGACGUUCCAGUGGAUGCUACUGAUCAAUGUGAUGGGGAACCCAAGGUUGGUUUUGACAAAGAGCAAUCAGCUGAUAGUCUAGAUGAUGUAAAGAAUGCCGAGAAUAAUGUGAAUCCAGUAUUGGAUUCUCAAAGUAUAUUGGUACUGAUGUCUCGCCGAAAUGCAUCAAGAGGCUCAAUGUGUGAACAUAGUCACUUCUCUCACAUCUUGUUCUACAAGAAUUUCGAUAUUCCCCUGGGGAAGUUUCUUCGUGAUAAUUUGCUCAAUCAGAGAAGCCAGUGUAGCACCUGCGGGGAACUGCCAGAAGUGCACUUUUACUACUAUGUUCAUCAUGAUAAGCAGCUUACUAUAAGAGUUAAGCGGCUUCUGAAAGCUUUGCCUGGGGAGGCAGAAGGAAAGCUUUGGAUGUGGAGUCGGUGUGCUAAAUGUAAAGGGGAUUCGAAAUCUACAAAAAGGGUCUUGGUUUCUGGAGCUGCACUAAGUCUGUCUUUUGGGAAAUUCUUGGAGCUGAGCUUUUCUGACCAAUCUUCGUUUGGUAAAAGCUCAUCCAGCUGUGGCCAUUCUCUGGAAAGAGAUUUCCUCUACUUCUUUGGAUUAGGUCCAUUUGCAGCAUUAUUCAAAUAUUCUCAAGUGACAACCCAUACCAUCUCUCUGCCACCUCGUAAACUGAACUUCAGCAAUUCAGUUAGACAUGAAGGUCUGAGACGCGAAUUUGAGGAAGUAUACUCGAAAGGGAUAUUACUAUUUUCUGGGUUAGCAGAGGCUUUGAAAAAAUUGAAGUCUCAAUUUGGAAGUACUGUUCUGAAGCUCCACGGAUCAUUGAUAGGAUUCUCUGAUAUUGAAGAGAUGCUAAAGCAGGAAAUGUCCGAGUUUGAGGUGAAUAUUUACAAUGCCGCUGCUAACCAUGGGAAAUCAACCGAGACUGGAAACAAGCUUCUUUCAUUGAAUCGCUGCUUGUGGGAGCUUCUCCUUGAGUCAUGCAUCUGGGAAAGACGUUUGCAUUCUCUUCUCUUACCCGACCCUUCGUUACAUAGCACUGAAGAAAACACGGCCAUUUCAGAUGGCAACAAUAAAGCUGACAGAAAUGGAGAGAAUUCAAAAGGCACCAGUGGUGCAUAUUCGGAAGGAAACGAUGAGUCACCAAUCAAAGAAAUCCCAGUCGAAGGUCCAGUUGAUGGAUUUCCUGACAAUAACCACAAUGCCAUGAGCUCAUCUCCCGUUGAUCAGGAUCCUGAUCGAGUGAAAUUGACUCUAACUCAUAGUCAAGCUAAUGACUUGACUUUGACUGGUGUUAUACAAGUCAAUAGAGAUGUACCAAUUGCAUCAGGAGAUGGAAAUGCAUUGAAGCGGGUGAUGUCUAUGCAGUCUUUGGUAUCAAACUUGGAAAACUCGAAUGGAUGGUUCUGGAAGCCAUUUCCAGAUAUCCGGGAGAUUUACAUGGAGGAUCUUCAGAGAGGGUUCAUACCAAAAUUCAAGCCUAUUAAUAACGGCUACACUUUGGAAAACGUGCCUUCUGCCUAUCAACUGAUCACCGAAGAAGGGUCGAGGCUUCACAUACCUCUUGGAAAUGGUAAUGACAUUGUGAGAGACUAUGAUGGCGAGCUCUCCAGCAUCAUUGCUUGUGCACUUGCAUGUUUGAAAGACGUUCCCGUCACAUCAGAGUUUCUCAAUGAUGAAGGAAAAACUAAUGAUAGUUUAUCACAUUGGUCAUCCGGUGGUUCUGAUUCUGAAAUAAUCCAGUCGGUGGUCAGCAUUUCUUCCGAAGAGUCUGUCUUCUCCAGCUUUAACGGGCUGAAUUUGUUGGAUACUACAGACCCUUCCGAGAAUCUUAGUCCUGAAGUGUCUUUAGGGGUGGCUAAAACCCUUGGAAAGGGUAGAUACUCAGUGGUUUGUGUAUAUGAUAAGGAGUUUCGUGAGCUUAGGAACCACUGCUGCCCUUCGGAACUUGAUUUCAUUGCUUCUCUUAGUCGCUGCAAGAACUGGGAAGCUAAAGGUGGCAAGAGCAAAUGCUUUUUCGCCAAAACACUAGAUGACAGGUUCAUUAUCAAGGAAAUUAAGAAGACAGAGUUUGACUCUUUUGUGAAGUUUGGUCCAGAGUAUUUCAAGUACAUGAAUGAGUCGUUUGAGCUGGGGAACCAGACAUGUCUGGCAAAAGUUCUUGGCAUUUAUCAGGUGAUUGUUCGGCCUCCAAAAGGUGGAAAAGAGAUGAGGAACGAUCUAAUGGUGAUGGAGAACCUAACUUUCGGUCGAGACAUUACUCGUCGAUAUGAUCUAAAAGGCGCCCUGCACGCAAGGUACACGACAGUCAUCAAUGGCCCCGGCGAAGUUCUGUUGGAUCAAAACUUCGUCGACGACAUGAACUCCUCUCCUCUCUAUGUCAGCAACACGACGAAACGUUACCUGGAACGCGCGGUUUGGAACGACACCAUAUUCCUCAACUCAAUCAAUGUAAUGGACUACUCAUUAUUCGUCGGGGUAGAUGUGCAACGCCAAGAACUCGUGUGUGGGAUCAUCGACUACCUCCGACAGUACACAUUAGACAAGCAACUGGAGACGUGGGUCAAGUCCUCCCUUGUGGUCCCCAAGAACGUGCAGCCGACGGUGAUCUCCCCCAGGGAGUACAAGAAGAGGUUUCGGAAGUUCAUAUCGAGCCACUUCCCGAGUGUCCCCGAUGACUGGUGCAGCCAGAAGAAGCCUUGUGAUCCCUGCGAGCUCUGUGGGUUCGGUGAGAAUGCACCAGAAUCAAGGAAGGACUGCAACAACGAAUCUUCCUGUUAAUAGCUCCUGUUUUUUAUAGGAAUUGUGUUCAUCUGGUUAGUCAUCAUUCUUAGCCAUUUUUUCUUUUGUUCACUGAAAGCUGGUGUAAAAUGCAUAGUAUAGAUGAUAGAUUGUGUUUGUGAAGCUGAUGUAAGUGAGCCAGCCAGCCCCAUUUUUUUAAGCAAAAUUCAUGGGAGUUGAGGAGAAAUUUCUAUACUGUUUGUUCUUUUUACUAAAAGGAGGGCUUAAAACCAUGAAAUGUACUCUUACUAUUUUUUUCUUUUUUUUUCUUGUAAAAGCCUUUCAAGACUGACUUGUAAUGUUACUAUGUUAGUAAAAGACUCUUAGAAAGCCUCCGAAGAAACUGGGGCGGAUUUUAUUGAAGCAAUGUACUCUGAAUGAUUAUCUCAAAUCAGUAUGAU